CACUGUAGUUGUAAUAACAAAAAUAAUAGUAAUACAGUAAUGAUGGCAAAAGUAAUAAUGGUAGUGGUAGUAGUAUGAGUAGUUGGUUAUAAGAGCAUAGUUUUAGGGAAAACAUUAUGAAGGGUUGUGUGCUUCCUUCCCUUGAUCAGGAAAAAAAUGAAAAUCAGGAUCUAAAUUAUGGAUUUUUUGGUUAUUCAGGCUGUAAUUAUCCGGUGUCUCCCGGUUUAUAUGUACAAUACUGCAUUUAUAUUGGACUGACUUGGACAUUAUCUUACAGGGUGUGUGAUUGUGAUGGUGGCGGCCCUGGUGGGAUGUUGCUUCUGUGUAGAGAUGGCCAAGAUCACGGACAAGCAUUCCCGAACCCUGACAUCUUCCACCCUGGAGUGGGUGGACCUGGAGUCUGGCCAAACUCCGCCUUCCAAUGCCCUCACCAUCACUGAGGAUGGACCUCUGUGGUGCCGGGCACGACAUAGUGCCAACUGGAUAUCUGGAGCCGUGAAGGAUGGCAAGUGCCACAUUCCAUUUAUUAAUCAAGUGUUUGAGAAGCUUGAAUAUGAGGUGCUAGUGUCCAUCAAUGACUCAGCCAGAGUGGUGCCCAAGGAGUGGGAUCGUCUCAGAGCUAUUCCUCUUCAUGGAAUCACCACCUCAACAAUGUUGCUGGCCAUCGCCAAGUCUGAUGAAGGUGAUGUCUCUCCUGGCUACGUCGACUCUAAAAAGCGCCGUGCUUAUCUACUGAAGGAUGGCAAGUACCAGGAACAGACCAGUGCCACCAUUUUGACUGAGGACGAACCCAAGAGUUAUAAAGUGGAUCACGUGGUGAGGGAUGAGGAGCACAGUCAGACCACCACUUCAGAAGAAGUUGUGUCCAAUACAACAUUAACCAACCCGGGGGUAGAGGAACAGGAGAUAAGCGAAACGCUGGACUAUACCGCCAGGGAGAUUGUUUACUGGGGUCGUGUUAGGGGAACUAUUACUGGCCUGGAAACUACUGUCAUGGAUCCUUCAGGGAAUGUGAAGGAAAUCACCUGGGGCAUUGAGAAUGAACUGGCUCACAUGGUGCAGCAGCUGGUGAAGUUUAAGUUGCCACCUGGUGCUGGCAUCAAUGUGGACUUAAUUGCUGUAAUGCAUAAGUAUGAAGCCCCAUACUUAGCCAAGUUGACAGCCGUGUAUGAAGAUGAAGUACGUCGCUCACGCACCAUCACUGGCCUUCAUAUCCACACUUAUUUGGCUGAACUACGAGCUAAUUUCUCGAGGCCUUUUUACCUCUCAGACAAUACUGAGAUUGAAGGAGAAUUUUUAACCUCACAAAUUCUUGUUCACUCCACCACGACCACAACCACAACUACCACAACACCAACAACUGAUGGAGGUUCAACCUUAGAUGAUAAAAAGCCUCAAUCUGACUCCUUAGCUACGACAGAAAGUGAGAACCAGCUGCCCACAGCCCAGCAGGUGAGCGCAAGUGAUACAACCACAGCGGCACUGCCAGGACUCGUGUUAUUAUGUUGUUCUCUUUUGUUGGUAUUCCAUCUACCUGCCAGGCACUGAGUUGGUUGUAUACAACACAUAUAAUGUCUGAGUCUACCACAACUCAUCCCCCACUUCUGCAUAAUAGCAGCAACACCCGGUUGAGUGAACAACGUAAGGCAGAUGACAGUGGGAGUGACUCCGAGGAUCAUUUUUCAUCAUAUAUAUUCACUCUGUCAUCUGCAGGUUCCGGGAGUCCUGUAUACUGUCAUCAGUAUUUAUUGCAAAAGAAUAUCACUUGACAAUUUUCAGUAUUAUAAGCUUGCUGUAAAUUAUAUAUGAUGUUGUCUUAAGCAUACUGGUAUCUUUCACAUUGAGGGAAGAGUGUAAGUUAGAAUCUUUCAGGCAUAUUAGUACUCACAGGAACUAUGUAAAACUUUCUUUUGAUCUUGUGUAGAAGUGUUAUCCCUUGUGCUGCUUCACUCGUCUCCACCUUGUGGAAAUAAGACAAUCUAGACUUAGUCAGAAAAUAUUAAUAAUAACCAUAGAACUAUUGAUAAUGUUGGAUGUUGUAGUUUUCAGUCUCAUAAUUAUUACUUAUGUGUGUUUGUGUAAGGCCAAAUAUUCCUCUUGAUCUUUGGUCCAGAAAUAGGCAGGCAGCCUUAUUUAUAUUAUUGUGAACUAACAGUAGCCAGCCUUUGUCAGUUUUAGUAUAAUUUCAACUCUAUGUGUGUCUGACUCAUAGUCAGAAUUGUUUUCUCUUCAUGGAUACACUGGUGAGUGUUGUACACAUGUGGUUGGUUGCUAGUCAAAUGGGCCCAAGUCCUGUAGGUCCCAGUAUUGAGUCCCCAAACUAACCUAAUCUAACCAUCAGGAUUGGGGCCCAUUAAGACUGGGGUCUAUUAGGUGUGAGCCCAAGUGACCAGUCAACACACAUGUUUUGUCUGCAGUAUAGAUAAUUAACAAUGGUGUCUUUCCUCCAUGUACUCUAGCAUAAUCUUUCUGAAAACUCAUUUGGAAUAGAUAUUUAUGCAAGAUGAUGAAGCUGGGUAGUUAAUCUUGACUGGAUCCACGGCAAUUUAUGAGAAUUUUUUUUUAUAAUUAUCAUAUUAUGUUUAGUGAGAUUGUGUUAACCAUUUGAUCUUCCAUCGUCAGCCUCAGUAACUACAAUACUGUACUCUAUUGUACAAUAAUCGGUAUACAGGUAUUUAAUGUUGAGACAGUUCUGUGCACACACACCCACGUUGAAAGUUCACUUUAUAUAUAUAUAUAUAAAUAAAUAUAUAUAUAUAUAUAUAUAUAUAUAUAUAUAUAUAUAUAUAUAUAUAUAUAUAUAUAUAUAUAUAUAUAUAUAUAUAUAUAUAUAUAUAUAUAUAUAUAUAUAUAUAUAUAUAUAUUGAUACAAAAUGUAAAUGGUUGCUUUGGUGUAUUUAAUUUCCUUAUGAAGACAUAAUUAUUGAGAACUUUGAACUUCGUGGAAUAAUGACAUUUUUCCAUAGGUGUGGUUUUGAUGACCUACUUUAUCACAUUAAUUCACACAGAAUUGGAUACAGUAUUAUUGUCAGAAAUUUGUACUUACAACAGUACAUUACCUUCGGAAUCAACACUUUAAUUAUACUUUAAUUAAUUGUUUGAAAAAUGGUAGACAAGAAUUUGGAUUGUUUAUAGGAAUAUUUAUAGCAGAAGUUGGUUCAGUAUUGUGUUGUCAAGUGUUUCACGUCACAGUGGGGGCUCAAGAGCAGUGUUGCUCCACCUGUGAUAGACUGGAGUACUGUACAGUACUGUACUCCAAGUGGAUUAUAGGUCAUAUAAACCCUUAUUCUUGAUAGGCUGCACCUAAUUUAACCUGACCUAGCCAUUAGGAUUGGGGUAUAAAGGGCUAUUGGGGUUAUGCCCCAUCUUAACGGCUUGGCUAUUUAGGGUCUGUAAGAACUGAACAGGGGAACAUUCAGCCAGUGAACACAUUGUCUUGUAUUAAGCUAAGAAUAAGGAUUAAUUUGGUUCUUUUUUGGAGGCUUAGGUAUGGUGCACCUCCCAGAUAAAUUUAUCUAGAGAAAUAUUGUAGCAUAGAGAUAACUAGUUGUGUUUGAAUUAGAUUAUCAACCACAAUGAUGGAAUUCUUUUGCCAAUAGAUGCAAGUUUUAUUUUUUUACAAAAAGAAAAAAAACAAAUAUAAUGCAAAAAAUACUGGAUGCCUGCAUAGUUUGGUUUAAAAGAUUAAGUCCAAACACCAGGUAAUUAUGCUUAUGUUUUUGUCAAUAUCUUUAUUUUCUUUAUUACAUGUGUCUUGUAGGUAUUCAGGAACUGUGUAAGUUAAACCUGAGGGUAUACCAAUGAGUGUACUGUACUGUAUACAGUAUUGAUUUAAAGUUUGCACGGUAUUAUCAGGCGGCCAACCAGAUUAUCGAGAACAAUUACAAUGUACAGUGGGUGUUCCUUGUGGAGGUUUUAAUUUUUACUGUCUGUAUAAAUUGAUGACUCAAGGAAGCAAUGAAAUCUGUAUUGUUGACAAUAGUUCAGGAGGAUUUAAAAUAAUAUCAGAAAAUAUAAUUACUUGUACAGUACAGAUUUUGUGUACAGGUAAUUAUAUUUUUAUCUUAUUGUAGAUCUGAAUAUGAAAGGCUGCAGAACAUUUAAAGCAUCAUUCAACAAUAUGGCUUUCAUCACUACACACAUCCUUCCCUUUAUGAGAAAACUAUUUACACUAUUACCAGCAACCUGUUGUUUUGUAGCAUAACUAUUUACACUUGAUAAUUAUCAGUGUUAUUCUUCCUUCUGAGAUGAAUAAGACACAAUUAUGUACAUUGUAGGAAAAUUUAUGUUUUUUAAAGAAAUUUUUGUUUGUUUUAAAGGAAAAUUUGGAAAACAAAAAUACAUCAAAGCUUAUUUCUUAAAAUGAUCAUAACAGACAUUUUGGGGGGGUCUGAAAAAAAUAUUAUUUUGGGGGGAAGUUGCCUGCAAGUAUUUUGGGCAUCAUUUCUGUAGCCCAAGUUGUCCUGAUGCAGAAGGUUGAUGAAAUGUACCAGACUUUAUGAAGACCUAUGGAUUGUUUCCCAUUAUUUUUUCCUCACUUGUUGCCUUGGUUGUGGGUUAAGUAGGCCCAGUUCUAAGAGGCUGGAGUCUAACCGAACUUAAUCUAACUUUUAGGGUUGAAUCCUUUAAGAUUAAUGGUAUCCUUUAGGACCUGGGACCUCUGACCUGCAACUGUGCACUGAGUUGAUUACUUUCAGAAAAGACAGUCCUUAAUAUGUAGGAGUUAAAAGUAGUGCAGGUACAUGAUAUUAUAUGUACUGGUGAUAUAUUUUACCAUUAAGUGUAUACAGUUGAAUGAUAAUGUUUCUCUUUCUUACAAGCCUAUUCUCACUAAGACACAGAACCAGAAUCAAGAUCAACAGGUACUCCUCCCCCUUCACUAGCAUUUAUUUCUUUUAUCUACCUUACUAAAUGGGUUCUGGUAUGGUGUUCCCCUUCACAACAUGACCUCAGCAUAUCUACGUACAUUAUCUAGUGUACCCUUUCUCUUUAUUAAUUUGUACUACAGGUACUGGAGUUUCAUUUAUAUAUCAAGGAUACAAAUUUUAUGUUUACAUUUUUUUCUUUAUACAGUACAGUAAUAGGAGAAAAUUGUGAAUCCUAAAGGUUAACGGAUUAUUUAAACUUUUGUCAGUUAAACCCUUUUUUCAACAUAUGAUAUUUUUAUGUUUUAAGAACAGUGAAAGAUUCCUUUUUUUGUUGAUGGAAAUAUGAUAUAAAUUUACUAGAGAUAAAACUACAGUACUGUAUUUAAUUUUAGUUUUGUAUCUCUAAACAGAAACAUUAAGACGACUAGUUAUUUUGUUCAGGGUUUUAACUAAGUGUUUAAGUACUGUAGAAGACCCAGAGAGGAUUUGAAGAGGCCAGGGAUGAAGAGGUCCAUGACUUAUGCAGUGUGCAGUAAGAUAGAUCAUCAAACAUACAGGAUGAACUACAGUGUUUCCUCCACUUACGAUGAGGUUCCGUUCCGACUAUCAGGUCAUAAGUCGAUCGAGUCGUAAGUCAAACCGACGAAAAUAAUACAUAGUACAGGUAAUAAUUGUAAAACUUUUACCUUUUUAAUACACAAACUGAGCGGGAUACGACGUGGAUGCUGUACACACGCGGCAGCGUGACACCCGAAGUUGUCGUAAGGCAUCGUUAGACAUUACGACCAAACGUCUAGAAUUCAAAAAUAUUGUAAAAUAUUUUAAUAUAAUAUAACAACAAUGACCAUCUAAAGUCCGGGUUGUCGUAAGUCACAUAUGUCGUAAGUCGAGGAGAGACUGUACAUUGAUUUACUGUGUUGAGAAGAAUUAGAAUACAGUUGUGUUCAGAGAUAAAUUAAGAUUGAGUUAAUAUUUAUUCUGUUGUCAGAUACAUGAAGACUUUACAAGAGAAACAAUCUGAUGUGACCCAUAUGUCAGUUGGCUCAAUCAGUGUGGCCAGCAGUCAGUUCUGAAUAAAAACCCUGGUUAUAUGAAGACCCUGUUUAUAACUUAUUUGAUAUAUCCCAGCUAAGUUACUGGCAUUGGUUGUAUCUAUGAAACUAUGAGUAUUAUAUGUAUUAAAUGCUGUACCUGUAUACGCUUAUUGUCACAUGCAUAAGACAGGCAAACAGUGACGUCUAUGGUAUCUAUUACUGCUGGUUGUGUUGUGUGAAUUAAAACUAUAUUUUAUUUAUGAUAUUGCAAUGUUUUAUGCUUUAAAUCCUUCAUCAUUUUAUUUAGUGCACUGAAGUGACAAAACUACAAGUUUGCUUCCAUCAAAAAUUCAGAAUCAGAUUUGGGUUAUCAAAGCGUGGAUCAUCAGCUCCAGCUUGUCAUUUGAAUAUGUAUAAGGAUCUUCAGAACCUGGUUCUUUAAAAUGUGGACUUUAAAGGGAGUUUAGAUUCAGUUUUCAGACAUUUGAAACUGAGUAUCUCUUGUUAGCUGAUAAAACAUGCCAUGACAUGAAAAAAUAACAUAUUAUACUUUAUAAUUAUAGGGGUAAAGGUGAAGGAUUGUUUUGAUUUAUGUGUAAACCCAGGAAUUUGUGAAUUACUGUAUCCAGAACUAAUCUAAAUCUGGAUUGUUGUUCAAAUUAGCCUCUUUUUUUUAAGUUAUUGCCACGACAGCUACAAUUCAUACAAUUCUUUUCAAUGGAGUAUAUAACCAAUAUCCUUUUACAGUGGUUUUCUUUUGUUCAUCCAAGUACCAACUUCAGAUUUAAACCAUAAUUCUCAUUCAUGUGUCACAUAACUAUGAGUAAGAUGGUAAGCUAGAGGGUUUAAGGCCUCAUUUACCCAUUACAGUACAUACUUGUUGUUCUAUGUUGUUGUAAAUUAUUUGUGUUGUCCUUGAGUCUCACUAACGUACUGGUGCACUACACGAGGCAAAUUUCAGCUGAACGAAACCAUGAGCCUGUAAUACUGUACAGUAUAUCAGUGCCCUUUAUGAGGCUAACUUCAGCUGAACAAAAAACCAAGUCUGUAAUGUAUUAGUGCACUUUAUGGGGCAAACUUCAGCUAAACAAGACCUUGUGUCUGUAAUGUACUGGUACAUUAUAGGAGACAAACUUCAGCUAAACAGGACCGUGUCUUUGGUAUGUACUGUUGCACUACAUGAGACAAACUCAUUUGAACAAGAUCUAACUCAUUGUGUAGCUUCUAGAAGCCUUCAUGGCUUACCAAGAGGCAAGUAGAACUUAUAAAGAGCCUCCAUAUACUAUAGCUUCCAAGAACCACUGUAGAAUUAAUGGAACAUAAACCAUAGAAGCAGCUACAAUGCUAACUGGAGUGUGAUUCCUUGGGUAGUAAGCCAACAUCCAAAGGUGACUUCUGAAGGUUGUAAAAGUUUCUGUGUACUGUUCUUAAAAGUUAAAUUAGCAUGUAUGAGCCUAAACUAGCUUAAAGGAACAUCUGAGUGGUUUAAAGGAAUGUACCAUAAGUCUACAAAACUUAAGUGAGAUUCUCUACUGUCAGAUUUGAUCCUUUUACUUAAAGGAAAUUCUGAGUGGCAUAAAGGAAUUACAGUUAUAAACUUAAAUUAGAAUCUGUAUUACUGUAUUGACCAUUUAAUGUGUGUAAGGACCUCAGAUGAGCCUGUGUUUGGGGAGGCUGAUAUAGGCCUAGUCCGACUGUGAUAUGUAAGAGAAUAGCAAUUUGUACCCACCAGGAACUCAUGGUUCUAAGGUUCAUGAUUAUAUAUACAGUAUAUUAAAAAAAUGCCACACGUUUGUAAAAUGGUGAUUGUGAUGGAAUGGAGGGAACUGUGGCUAUAAAUGAGUUAGUGUUUUCUUACUUUAUGAUUUUCCUUCACUUUUUUUUUAGUUUGGCAUGUGAAUGUAGUCUUUAAAAGUACACUGUACUGUAUAUUGUGUACAUUAUACGAGUUCAUGAUUUGGUUUAAUGUUUAUUUAGUCUUAACCAGGCAGCUAUACCAUUGGUUUAGGCCAUUUAUGUACAGGUAUAAUGGAUCUCUUCAUCAUAAUAAAAUGAAUAUAUAUUCGUGAAAAUCCAAUUAUAGUCAGCAUAUAUUUAUAUUCAGUUUUUAACAUUCGUUGGAAUUUAAAUUAAAGAUUUAUGGUAAUCAUGGACCUUAAAAAAAUAGACAUUAAAAUUAUGGUAACACCCUACAGUACUUGUAAAGAAACAGUUGUUGGAGUUUAAGCAUCGCUUUGUUCCCCAUGGCAGGGGUGAUGAUGGCUCUAAUGUAUAUAUUGUACUUGAAUAAAUCAGUAAACAAAAA